UACAACUCUGUGAACAGCUGUUUUGGUUUUAGUUUGUUUAUAUUUACCUUUCAGCUUUUUUCAUUAAAACUGCAUUAUUUAUAAUAAGUAAUAGUUUGUUUGAAUUUGUUGAUUAAAAAAUGCGAAAGCGUGAGCUGCAAAGUAUUCCUUUAAAGUUGGGAGAGUUGAAAGAGUAUGAUAUCAUACGAAAUGAGCGCGCUGCUGCCAGGAACCAAGUACCACACGAUGACAGUCAAACUAAUGAGCAGCCAUCGCCGAUUGCCAAUGUUGGGCCAAAAACCAAGAAAGAAAUACAAUCUCGAUUAAAUGCUACUACUUGAUAGCUUUGAGGAACGAGAAUGAUGUAUUUAUGUAUACAUUUUAAGGAUUUAAUUUUAAGUUGUAUGAAAGAUUGCAGUAUGUAAUAUAUAAAGUUUAUUCAAUAAUAUUGUGAUAUAAUUCUUAAUAUCGU